CAGUUAUCUUUUCACGCACCAACAGGAAAUCUCGCGCCCUGGAGCCACUCUCCCCAUCUAUUAAAGACCGAAGUACUUCUGGCAAUGGCUGCUCCGGCCGUAGAACAACAGGCUGAUCGCAAUUAUACGUCACCAGACGACCCGCUUCCUUCCUCUCAUGCUUCACCUUCUCCGAACCAGAAAAGUCCUUAUGCCGCACUUUUCGACGAUAUUCCUUCUACUCCUCCUGAUUGGGGCCUGCACUUGUUUGGUCUUUCUCAACCCAAACACCCUGGGCUUACAGACACCUCGACACUACCUGACUACGAGAGUUUACGGGAUGACUACGAGAGGUUACGGGAAGAGUGGAAUACUAUAUCUACCGAUUUUGAUGAGCGCAUGAAAUGGUUAGACGAUUUGGAGGAACACCACGAUCAUAUAAACGCACAUAAAUUCGUUACAUGGAUGCGAGAGAAUCCAGAACCCCGCCUAAUCCAGGCCAAAAGCGUUAUAAAUACAGUAUUUGUACGUUUGCUUCGGAAAGUAGAUUGGAUACAGAACAACGAAGACUUAGGCACGGUGAAUGAACGACUUUGGAGUCGACAUAUCUCGAUCGAGCCAAACCUGUAUGUAGGACGCUACAAAGACACUGUUCUGAAACUGCGACUCAACGGCCGAGCCUUGAAUCCUCCAAAGGCAGAUAUUGCAACUUGUAAAAGUUACGGUAUCACGUCUGUAUAUCAACGAAGCCUUUUAGCAAUCCGUUAUAAACCGCUAGGUGAGGAGGAUCACAGUAAAAGGGUUUUUCUGUUUGUUACACUUGGUAAGCUGAUCUAUAUGUGUUUACAGACUAAGUGAAUAUGCGACUGUAACUAACACUGAUAGGGAAUAUAUGUCUUAGCGAUGCCAAAGAUAGCGAA